AUGAACGUCGAGGCAUAUGGCCCCAACUCUCAGACAUUAACCUUCUUGGAAACGGAAGAGAACGAUUUACUGGGGGCCGACACACAAGGCUCGGAGUUUGACUUCACCGAUUUCACCCUGCCGUCCCAGACGCAGUCGCAGACUCAACAUUCACACCACCAGGAUGAUGAUAACAGCGGUCUUAACCACAACAAAAACCAUGUACUUCAGAUAAAUGGGGUGGACCAUAUUUUGGAAAAUGGAGUGAUUGAUACAAAAGUGUCGGCCAUUAGCCACGGUGUUGGGGAACUCAACUUUGAGGAGGAGCCCGAUGAGAACCAGUUCUACUUGAAGGAUUUGCCGGUUCAUGCUUGCACGUACUGUGGCAUUCAUGAUCCUGCUUGUGUGGUCUUCUGCAAUGCCACUAAAAAAUGGUUUUGUAACGGUAGAGGCAACACCUCUGGAAGCCACAUCAUCAACCAUCUGGUUAGAGCCAAGGCGAAAGAAGUGACCUUGCACAAAGAUGGGCCCCUGGGAGAAACUGUGCUGGAGUGCUACAACUGUGGCUGCCGAAACGUCUUCCUGCUGGGGUUUAUCCCUGCCAAAGCCGAGUCUGUGGUGGUGCUGCUGUGUAGGACACCCUGUGCCAACUUGAGCACACUCAAGGACAUGAACUGGGACCCCAGCCAGUGGCAGCCACUGAUCAACGACCGCUCGUUCCUCUCCUGGCUGGUGAAGAUGCCCAGUGAGCAGGAACAACUGAGGGCCAGGCAGAUUACAGCCCAGCAGAUCAACAAGCUGGAGGAGUUGUGGAAGGAUAACCCAGACGCAAAACUGGAAGAUUUAGAGAGAACUGGUUUGGAUGAAGAGCCGACACAGGUGCAGCUCAGGUAUGAUGAUGCCUACCAGUAUCAGAACAUCUUUGGCCCCCUUGUCAAGCUGGAAGCAGACUAUGAUAAAAGACUGAAGGAGUCGCAGACGCAGGACAACAUUGUUGUUCGAUGGGACACUGGUCUCAACAAGAAACGCAUUGCCUAUUUUUGUCUGUCCAAGGCUAAUGAUGAAAUGAAACUGAUGCACGGUGACGAGCUCAAACUUCGUUACGCUGGAGAGCUGCAGAAACCUUGGUCCAGCGUUGGCCAUGUCAUCAAAAUCCCAGACAACCACAGUGAUGAGGUUGCCAUCGAACUCAGAAUGCAGUCUGCACUGAAGACAUUUGCCGUCGAUGAGACCUCUGUAUGGGGCUACAUCUACCACAAGCUGCUGGGUCACGAAGUAGAAGACAUUGCACUCAAGUGCACACUUCCCAAACGAUUCUCUGCUCCCGGCCUCCCAGAGCUGAACCACUCGCAGGUGUAUGCAGUCAAAACUGUUCUGCAGAGACCUCUCAGCCUCAUUCAGGGCCCCCCAGGAACUGGCAAGACUGUGACCUCUGCCACGGUGGUCUACCACCUGGUGAAGCAGAACAAUGGCCCUGUGCUGGUGUGUGCCCCGUCCAACAUCGCAGUCGACCAGCUGACGGAGAAGAUCCACAAGACAGGUCUCAAGGUUGUUCGUCUGUGUGCCAAGUCCAGAGAAGCCAUAGAUUCGCCGGUGUCCUUCCUGGCCCUGCAUAACCAGAUACGGAGUCUGGACACUGUUCCUGAGCUGAACAAGCUCCAACAGCUGAAAGAUGAGACUGGAGAACUCUCCUCAGGUGACGAGAAAAGAUACAGGUCGUUAAAGAAACAAUGUGAGAAGGAACUGCUACAGGCUGCGGAUGUCAUUUGUUGCACCUGUGUGGGUGCAGGUGAUCCACGUCUGGCCAGGCUGCAGUUCAGCUCUGUCCUCAUUGAUGAAAGCACACAAGCUACGGAGCCUGAGUGUAUGAUUCCUGUUGUCUUGGGAUGCAGACAGUUGAUCCUGGUGGGGGACCACUGCCAGCUGGGGCCAGUAGUGAUGUGCAAGAAAGCAGCCCGUGCCGGACUCUCCCAGUCUCUCUUUGAGAGGCUGGUCGUGCUGGGCAUCCGACCCAUCAGGCUUCAAGUCCAGUACCGCAUGCACCCAGCUCUGAGCAACUUCCCAUCCAACAUCUUCUAUGAGGGAUCUCUGCAGAAUGGAGUCACUGCUGCUGACCGUACGGGUGCUGGGCUAGAUUUUCCUUGGCCUCAGCCAGACAAGCCCAUGUUUUUCUACAGCACCUUUGGCACGGAAGAGAUUUCCAGCUCUGGGACUUCUUAUUUGAACCGAACUGAGGCAGCAAACAUUGAGAAGCUGGCCACCAAACUUCUUCGAGCCGGGGUCAAACCCCAGCAGAUAGGGAUCAUUACUCCGUACGAGGGUCAGCGGGCGUAUCAAGUACAGCACAUGCAGUAUAAUGGAUCAUUGAACAAGAAACUCUACCUGGAGAUUGAGGUGGCAAGUGUUGAUGCUUUCCAAGGACGAGAGAAGGACUUCAUCCUCUUGUCCUGCGUCAGGUCAAAUGAGCACCAGGGCAUUGGCUUCCUGAAUGAUCCUCGCCGCCUGAACGUGGCUCUGACCCGUGCCAGAUAUGGAGUAAUCAUUGUUGGAAACCCAAAAAUAUUGUCACGACAAUCCUUGUGGUGCCACCUGCUGACCUUCUAUAGGGAUCAGAAGUGCCUGGUAGAAGGCCCGCUGUCCAGCCUGAAGGAGUGCUUCGUCAACAUCAGCAAGCCUCGCAAGCUUGUCAACACCACCAACCCGGGUGGCCGCUUCAUGAGCAACACCAUGUUUGAUGCUAGGGAGCUCUUGGUCCCUGGAAGUGCAUACGACAGAGCAAAUAACUCUUACCGUGAGCCAGUGCUGCACACCCACGACCAGCUAGGCUUCAUCGGACCAGACAGGGCCUACACCAGGUCAGCCAUGAACAUCCCAGUGCCAGUCAACAUGUUUCUGCCACACCCUGUGCCACCGCAAUUCAACCACGGCAGAUCCCAGCAAGGGAAUGCUAAAAAUCGCUGGAGUGGAAGUCGCCAGCAGAAAUCUGGCAAGAACAGUGUCACCAGUAACUCUCAGAGUCAGGCUAGCCAGGAUUUCUCCCAGGGCCCGCUGACACAAGGAAACACGGCCAGUCAGCACUUCCAGAUGAGCCAGGGACUCAGCGGCCUCUCCCAGCCAGGUCUUAGCGGGUUGUCCCAGGCAGAACUGUCCCAGGAUAGCUUCAUGGCAGACGACUACCGUUCUCAGAUGGAUGUCUUGCUGUCCCAGGACUCCACGUACCAGGGAGACCGCCUUUAUCUGGCCUCCCAGCUCUCUCAGGGGCCAUUCAACUAG